CUACGUGGAGUAUGGCGAGACCUUCGGCGCGGGGCUGAGCAAGCGGCUCAGCAAGUUUCUGCAGAGCUAUGACAAGAAUGGAGGCAAGGUGGUGGUGCACGGCGCGGAUGACGACGGGCGCCCUGCCCGGUCACAAGUACGGUGGCACCAAGGCGGCCUGCAUCACGCUGUGCACUGCCUUCGCUGAAGACACCGUGCAGAACCGGAACCAGAGGAUGUGGGAUCUGAAGCGGAUGGCCGGAUCGAAGCUGUACAAGGUGGACACAUGGCCGAAGAAGCAGGAAGUCCGGGAAGCAGGAAGUCCGCCAAGAGCGCGCACUUGGGUCAAGUCGAACCUGGAGCUGUUUGACAACAAGCUACCUGGAGUGGAUGGUCGAGCAGCUGAGCUGGAGUUAAAGACUUUCUGUCACAUCAUGAAGACGCACCGUGUUGAUGACGACUUCGGCCAAGGCCUCGCCAACAUGCUCAAGACGAGGGAUUGGGCCAAGAGCUAUCCGAAUCUCAUGAGGAUCUGGCAAGCGAUGGCGGUUCUGCCCUUGAGCACCGUCGAGUGCGAGCGCGGUUUCAGCAGGCAGAACGCCGUCAACAGCUGGCUGAGGACGAGCGUGUGUGAUGCAAGACUCAGCGACCUGAUGACCAUUAUCCUCCUGGAGUACGACAUGGAAUACCCUGAGAUCGUGGAGAUCUGGAGACGCCAGAAGAACCGCAGACAGGCAAAAGUAGUGGCUUAUGAGAGGAGCAGCAAUGCUGCCAAGGGCAAGGAGCAUGAUGAGUCCGAUGAGUCAGAGGAGGACAGUGGCUCUUGUGAGAGUGCCUCAGAGGGAGACGCGGAUGAGCAUGGUGACUAAUGUAUGUAUGUGUUUGAAAUGAAGCGUACGUCUAUCA